AUGAUGCUGGAUGAGAAUGGAGGUGGAAUGGCUGGAAACGACCUCAGAACGCUCAUCGAAUCGCGCAUUCCUGAGCAUCGAGCGCAUCUGGAAACUAGUCAUCUGAAUUUGGAAAACGUAGCCGCCUAUUGUGAAGCCAACUAUCUCAAUUCUGUGGAUCGAAAUGCAUCGUUUGAGGAAACGAAACAGUUCGCUUUGCAGUCCCUUGCCAGUGUGGCUUAUCAAAUCAAUACCCUUGCAAGAGACCUACUUGACAUGUUGGAUUUACAGACCGAUAAAAUCACAAAUCUCAGCGGUCAAGUAGAAAAUAUUGAUGUGGUUGUUAAUAUCCACAAAGAAAAGCUUGCUCGGAGAGAAAUCGGCGCCUUAACUACGAACAAAACCACUCAGAAACAACCAAAAAUAAUUGCACCCGCAGCUCAGGAACCACCACAGCGAUAUAGACGUGCGCCGAUAGACUUUUCUGUUUUGGACGGAAUAGGUCAUGGUGUUCGUUGCGAGGUGCCCCAACAUCGUAGUGCCCUGGUCUCUCGAGCCGCUUCGAGUGUUUCUGGAUCACAGCCAUAUUCAAUGCAUUACGUUCAGUAUGAACGCACCGCUAACAUUGGUACCAAUACGUUGGGUCGUUCGUCGAUGCGCAGUGGCCACCUGAGCAUGAACGCACCGGAGCAGUAUAGGGUCCCACUGGUAAUGCCAUUAAUGGACAACCAGCGAUACGUAUCAAUGGGUAAUGCUUCUCAACAUCAAUCCGUGUCGGAAUUCGGUCAAAUUGGUGGAAGAGGAGUGAGCGACGGUAGUGUUUUGUCAGACGGAGCGUCCGAAAUAGGAAGGAUCAGUAUGCCAGAUAGAUAUGGAACGCUGAGACUUCAUCAAGCUCGCGGUGAAAGUGGCAGUGGUAUCAAUGAUGAAAGGGCUGAAUCACCAGGAUUUCCUUUGCCUCCUCCUCAGCUUAGUUCACAUUAUGGCUACGCUGGUUUCACGAAGUCAGACGACCUUCCUCCUCCAGCAAUGCAAAUGCUCAAUUCAACUCAUGAGGAUGAGCCAAUGCCUCCUCCUCCACAUUCUCAAGCCAAUUUCUUCGACGCUCACGCUGAUUGGGUGCCUCGUAACUACAUAGAAAAAGCCGUGGCUCUAUACGAUUACGACGCGGACAAACCGGAUGAGUUAUCGUUGCGGGAGAACUGCAUCGUUUAUGUGCUGAGGAAAAACGAUGACGGAUGGUUUGAAGGCGUAUUGGAUGGAGUGACGGGACUUUUUCCUGGUAACUAUGUCCAACCGGUUUAA